AUGAUUAGAAGAGAAUUGUCCUUUAUUUUUUUAUUUCACAGGUGUAUCCCUUCACUGAACAAUGUUACCUCAGAGUCCAAUGAUGAGGAGUCUGGUGUGAACAUUGUCAAGGCAGCUCUCACUGCUCCCUGCAAGACUAUAGCAAAGAAUGCUGGAGUAGACUCAGAGAGAGUUGUGAAUAAACUCCUCCAGUCCCCAGACCCUAACGAAGGCUAUGAUGCACUCCAUGACAAAUACGUAGACAUGAUACAAGCAGGUAUUAUUGAUCCAACUAAAGUGGUGCGUUCAGCUCUUCAAGAUGCUGCUGGCGUGGCAUCCCUUCUCUCUACAGCUGAUGUGGUAGUCACUGAAAUACCAAAGGAGGAUCCACCAAUGCCAGCCGGAGGGGGAAUGGGUGGUAUGGGCGGCAUGGGAGGAAUGUAUUAAAGACUUGUUGUGAAGCGUGAAAUGAAAUUAUUAUUGUGUUCUAUUUUGUCUUUUUGUGUUUGUUAAUAUUUUUUGUGUAUAUAAAUCAUUCUCUGACAUGACAGCAUGGACUGUCAAUUUUGUGAAA